AUGGCCACUUUUACCAACGUACGUCACCCGACUGUCCUGUGGGCACAGCGCGAGGCAAUCGUCUACCUCACAAUCGAUCUGCACGACGCCCAGGACGCAAAGAUCGACCUGAAAGAGACAAGCAUUGACUUUAAGAACACAACGGCGGACGGCAGCGAGUAUGCCUUCCACCUGGACUUUUACAAGUCGAUUAAGCCCGAGGAGUCGAAGAAGUCGCUGACGGGCCGCAAGACCUUUUUGGUUUUGGAGAAGGCUGAGGGCGAGUGGUGGCCGCGUUUGACGAAGGAGGCAACUAAGCUGAACUUCCUCAAGACUGACUUUGAUCACUGGAAGGAUGAGGACGAUGAGGAGGAGGCUGAUGAGCCGGCAUUCCCUGGCAUGGACGGUGGUCCUGGUGGUCCUGGUGGUAUGGGCGGCAUGGGCGGCAUGGGCGGCAUGGGCGGCAUGGGCGGCAUGGGCGGCAUGGGAGGCAUGGGAGGCAUGGAUCUCCAAAGCAUGAUGGCCGGUAUGGGCGGCGCAGGCGGCAUGGAUCUCCAAAGCAUGAUGGCCGGUAUGGGUGGUGGUGCCCCUGGCGAGGACAAGGCCGAGGAUAAGGCCGAGGACAAGGCCGAGGAUAAGGCCGAGUAG